AUGGACAAAGGCCGUUCCCCUAGCCGAUUUUACCUCCUUACGUGCCCUCGAACGGCUUCCAACCUUCUUAUGAAAAUCCUAGCACUCGAGGGACAAAGUAACGUUGCCUACCGUGAGGAUGGAGGCUACUUUUUCUCUCCACUCCACCUACUACGAUACGACUUAAAUUGCGUUGGAACACAUGUUGAAGAAUUGACACUCGAACAAAAGGAAAAGCAGAUAGCUUGCAUAAAGAGUUGCUAUAAUACUCUUGUUCAGCAUGUCGAGGACGCUGAAUCGAACGGGAAGCUCGUCAUUGUGAAGGAGCACACACAUUACCUGACGGAUCCAGUAGCCGAGACCGAAUUCCUCCACGGCGAGGGAUGCGUUAGUAACGAGCUACCUUGGGUGAUGCAUGGAAUGGACGAUUUGGUGCAGAGUACUGAUGGCCGGUCAAGUCAUAAUAAGACCGUUUUCUCGGAUGACUUUUUAAAAACGUGGCGACCAAUAUUUUUAAUCAGGCAUCCAGCACUGGCUUUCCCUUCGUGGUAUCGUGCCGCAGUCAGAGCAGAUGGUGAGGAGAAAGCCAAGUCAACCCAAGGGAAACGCGCGUGUAAGAAAGUCAUGACUCUGCGCUGGACACGCAGAUUAUACGACUUUUACAUGCAGGAAUCCAAUAAUACCGAUGUUACCAGUAGGAACCUCAGGGAGAGGAAAGAUAAGGGUAUAUGGCCUCUGGUUCUCGAUGCAGACGAUAUCAUGACGCAGCCAGAGGUUAUCAUCAGGUUUUGCAACAUUGUUGGUCUGGACAGCGACAAGUUGAAGUUCAACUGGGAGAAGGACGAGCAACAGAGACGGCCCGGUAUCAUGGCAUUUAGGUCAACCAUCGAUAGUUCGACCAAGAUCGAUCCGAGCAAGGCUGCCGGCGAUGUUGAUAUUGACCAGGAGGCAGCGAAAUGGCGCGAGGAGUUCGGAGGAGAGAUUGGGCGCCUGGUGGAGGAGUACGUUCGAGCCGCGAUGCCGGACUAUACCUACCUGAAAUCCAAAAAGCUCGUAGCAUAA